AUGAUAAACCAUCUCCGUUUCUCUCUCUCCUCCACGCGUCGAUUCAGAAACUUGAACAAGAGUAAGAAGAAUCGUGGCCUCGUCGUUGCUCAGAACGGCACCGUAUCGACAAAUCUUGCGACGGAGGAUGAUGAUGAUUCCGGUGUCGAUGUUAUCAUUGUCGGAGCUGGUGUUGCCGGUGCCGCACUUGCUCAUACUCUCGCCAAGCAAGGACGAAGAGUUCAUGUUAUAGAGAGAGACUUGUUUGAGCAAGACAGAAUCGUUGGUGAAUUGCUUCAACCUGGUGGUUACUUGAAGCUAAUCGAACUUGGCCUUCAAGAUUGUGUGAAGGAGAUAGAUGCUCAGCGAGUUCUUGGUUAUGCUCUCUUCAAAGAUGGGAAACAUACUAAACUUUCUUACCCUUUGGAAACAUUUGAUUCGGAUGUAGCCGGAAGAAGCUUCCACAAUGGCAGAUUUGUGCAGAGAAUGCGAGAAAAAGCCGCUUCUCUUUCAAAUGUAAGGUUAGAGCAAGGAACAGUCACGUCUUUGCUUGAAGAAAACGGGAUGAUAAAAGGUGUUCAAUACAGAACAAAACAGGGCAAUGAGCUUGUUAGAUUACAUGCUCCUCUCACAGUUGUAUGUGAUGGUUGCUUCUCAAACUUGCGUCGCUCUCUCUGCAAACCUAAGGUGGAUGUGCCUUCAUCUUUUGUGGGUCUUGUCUUGGAGAAUUGCGAGCUCCCGUUUACGAAUCACGGCCAUGUUGUUCUCGGUGAACCAUCACCGAUCUUGUUAUAUCCCAUAAGCAGCUCAGAAGUCCGUUGCUUGGUCGAUAUACCUGGUCAGAAACUUCCUCCCAUUGCAAACGGUGAAAUGGCAAAGUAUCUGAAAACAGAGGUUGCUCCUCAGGUACCAACCGAGGUGCGUGAAGCGUUUAUCUCCGUGGUUGAUAAGGGUAACAUCAGAACAAUGCCAAACCGGAACAUGCCAGCUGAUCCGGUUCCUACUCCUGGAGCUCUUCUUCUCGGUGAUGCAUUCAACAUGAGACAUCCUUUAACCGGCGGUGGCAUGACAGUUGCAUUGUCGGAUAUAGUCGUACUCCGUGACCUUCUAAGGCCAGUUCGCAACUUCAACGACAAAGAAGCAUUGUCUAAGUAUAUCGAAGCGUUUUACACACUGAGGAAACCUGUUGCAUCCACUAUUAAUACAUUGGCGGGUGCGUUGUACAAAGUCUUUUUAGCAUCUUCAGAUGAAGCGAGAACUGAAAUGCGUGAAGCUUGCUUUGAUUAUCUUAGUCUUGGAGGUGUUUGCUCGUCUGGUCCUAUUGCUUUGCUCUCUGGUUUAAACCCUAGUCCUCUGAGUUUGUUUCUACACUUCUUCGCUGUUGCGAUAUACGCCGUUGGUCGUUUGAUGCUACCGUUUCCUUCGAUUAAAAGCUUGGAGCUUGGAGCUAGGAUCAUCUCGAGUGCUUCAGGGAUCAUCUUCCCAAUCAUUAAAGCAGAGGGAGUUAGGCAAAUGUUCUUCCCUCGUACUGUUGCUGCUAUAUACCGUGCUCCUCCUCCUGCUCAAUGA